UACCUGUCCCUACAGUAAUAUGAACAAAAUAGUCAUAGCUGAUAGAUAGAUGGAGGGAAUUGGUGGCGUUGGUCGACGAUCGCUGUGCUGGCUCUGUGAACUAAGGGAACUGACUGAAGAAGUAAACGGUGCGGCCGACGCUUAGCAACUUUUAAUGCACCGCAAAUUGAUGUAACACAGUGGAUACCUCUUUAUUUGCUUUUGCUGUUCGCUGUUAAAUUGGCAGAAUAAUGUCUAUGGUUGAGGAAUACGAAGAAGGGGAGUAUGAGAGAGCUGCCAAGCGACUCAAGACUGUAGAGGUAGAGUUGGAGGAAGGAGAGGACUUAGAUGACUCGGAUUCGACAUCUCCCGGCUUGCUACUUGGUGACGAUAAUACAACCGUAGCAGGUGGAGGAGAAAAAAAGGCCCAUUGGUCCUCAAAAUAUGGAUCAAAUAGAAGGGACAAUGGGGACGAUGCCCACCAGAUUCCUCCCUCCCCGGUGGUCCACGUGCGGGGGUUGUGCGAGUCUGUGGUCGAGGCAGACCUGGUUGAAGCUCUGGAGAAGUUUGGGACGAUAUGCUACGUGAUGAUGAUGCCUUUUAAGAGGCAGGCUCUGGUGGAGUUUGAAGGUGUUGAAAGUGCUAACAAGUGCGUGGCGUGCGGUGCCAGUGAAGCUGUCUACAUAGCUGGGCAGCAAGCUUUCUUUAAUUAUUCUACCAGUAAAAGGAUCACGCGGCCAACCAACUCAGACAACCCCAACAGUGGGAAUAAGGUCUUAUUGUUGUCCAUUCAGAAUCCUCUUUACCCCAUAACAACGGAUGUUUUAUACACUGUCUGCAACCCGACUGGAAAUGUCCUCCGCAUUGUAAUAUUCAAGAGGAAUGGCAUACAAGCCAUGGUGGAAUUCGAAUCUGUUCAAAGUGCUCAGAAAGCCAAAGCUGCCCUCAAUGGAGCUGAUAUCUACGCUGGGUGCUGCACGCUGAAAAUUGAAUACGCAAGGCCAACCCGUCUUAACGUGAUAAGAAACGAUAAUGAUAGUUGGGACUACACUAAACCGUAUUUGGUUAGACGAGAUAGGGGGAAGGGAAGGCAGCGGCAAGCCAUCCUAGGAGAGCACCCAUCUUCCUAUGGUGACAAUGGGUAUGGUUCUCACUGCCCCCUGCUGCCUUUACCGAGUAACAAUCGGUAUAAAAUGGGCUCUCAUGACAUCCCGGAGGUGGUUACUUACCCACUCCCCCAAACCUCCUCCUACAUGGGCCACGGGGCGGCCUCCUCCAGCUCCGUUGCCAUGGUGAGCGGGCUGCAUGCCAAGAGAAUGAACUGCACUAGAAUCUUCAACCUCUUCUGUUUGUAUGGGAACAUUGAGAAGGUCAAGUUUAUGAAAAGUGUGCCCGGUACAGCACUCGUGGAAAUGGGUGACGAAUAUGCUGUGGACCGAGCCAUCACGCAUCUCAACAGCAUCAAGGUGUUUGCAAAGAGACUCAAUGUCUGUGUGUCGAAGCAGCAUGCAGUUAUACCAAGCCAGGUGUUUGAACUGGAGGACGGGACAAGUAGUUACAAGGACUUUGCAAUGACCAGGAACAAUCGAUUUACCAGUGCUGGUCAAGCUUCCAAGAACAUCAUCCAGCCCCCCUCGUGCGUCCUGCACUUCUACAACGUGCCCCCGUGUGUCACAGAGGAGGAGCUGCAGCAGCUGUGUACAACACAUGAAGUACCUGAGUUUAUAAAGUACAAGGUGUUUGAUGCCAAACCUUCUUCCAAAACUAUAUCAGGGCUGUUAGAAUUUGAAACGAAGACACAUGCGGUGGAGGUCCUAACGGUACUGAAUCAUUACCAGAUCAGAAUACCAACUUCAGCCACAUUCCUACGUGUUUUGACAGAGGAAUUUAACCCCUCCCUGCCAACCAAAUAUUCCUCACACAUACAUCCACCCAUGGACCAGUCUGGCUUUCACCCUGCCACCCUGCCACAGUACCCCUUGCCGUGCAUCUGCGAGAAGAGAAAUUGCAUUAGGUAUGCCCUGCACCUGCAAAGACGGCUCCAAUCCGUACACCUUGAAACUCUGUUUCUCUACAUCUUCUCAUCUAUAAGACAAGGCGAGGGUCCACCCACAGCAGGAGAAGCUUGUAGGAACUACUGCUGGAGAGCCAGCGGCCACUCUGGCCGUUGAAUGGGAAGAGAUGAGAUGAAGUUGCCUUUUCUUACCUUCAUUCACAUUUAAAGGAGGAUGAUGAGAAAAUUCCAAAAGAAGUGCAAAACUCUGAAGAUGAUAUUCUCUUUUUAAAAAGACCUCUUGUUGUAUAAUCUGGGGCACAACAGCAUUAGGAAUGUUGAGGGAGAACUGCCACCAGUUUUAUAGAAGUGACCUUGUCGGUUAAGUCAGAUCAAGCGUUUUUUUAAGAGGACAUUGUUGCUGUUGUAUGGUUUAGCUAUUAUCAUUUCCUAGAGGACAACAUUGAAGUGAUUCUCAGAUGUCCGUUUAAAUUGAUGUCUUUGAUCUAUAAUCAGCACUAUUAGAACAUUUUAAAUCUUCAUUUUAAAAAAUGGUUGCCUAAAUCCCAGACUUAAGCUUGCACUUAAAAGAACAACUCAUUUAUAAGUGUUAACAAUUAGGCUGCUUUGUAAUGUACAGAUGUGUAUAAUAUUGGUAGUGGUGGGGGGGUUAUUCUCAAUCUAAUUUAAAGCUUGGUGUCUAAAAAAAAAGUAAUAUAACUAGUUUUGUUAAAAACAGGUAAUUUGAGACUUGAGACUGUAUUUGUACAAUGUUUACACAAGUUCUUGGUUUGCGUAGUUCUCAGUGUUUUGACGGCACUGUUUCAAUGUUUUUAUUUGUCAUGUCGCCAUGUAUGAAGCUUUCACCGUGAGCAUGGAGAUCAUUAAAAACAUUUGCCAGG